AUGGAAACUAGAUCUAAGUCAGAAUUUUCCAACUACAAUGGAGUUUAAGGCAAUCAAGAAUAUGAAAAUAAUGAUAUCAUAAAUGAUCGAAUUAACAAAAAGAUAACGCAAGAAAUUUAAUAGAAUUUUGGAUCAUUUUAGUAUAAAGAGCUAAAGGAUGAAAGUUAGUUAGGAACGGAAAGACCCAAUUUACCUACGAACAUAGAUCCUAUUUUUCACAGCUAUUCAUGCAACUAUCUAACUGAUAAAGUAGAAGAUGAAAAGUAGAUUACUGAUGAAGCGUUCUAGCAUUCAAUUGAAUUCUAUGCAAAAAAUAAUAAAGAACAAAACAAAAUAAAUAAUAAAUCUGAUAAUUCUUCUAAUAAUAGCCUAAAAAAAAGCAAUAGCAUUAUCGAUGAGCAGCAUCCUUAAAUGAAUUUCUAAAUAAUACGCCAAAUUUUAUAAGAUUUAGUCAAAGAUGAGUAAUAAAAUAAUGGAGUUUAGAUCAAAGAAAAUGAAUAUAGAAAGAAAUUUAGUUAUGGAAGAGAAUCAGCUCUCUAAUGGAAAAACUAGUCUUUACCUCAUCCAUCUCAAACUAAAUACCUAAGAAUUGCAACAUUAACAUGGAAUUUGCAUGGGAGCUGUCCAACAGACAAUUUAGCUGAAAUUUUAGCUUUUUUGAAUUAGGCAAGUCACCAUUUAGUUGUAAUAGGUACUUAAGAAUGUGAGAGAUCGAUUGCUGCUUCAUUUUUUAAUUCUUCUAAAAGCAAAUGGGAACAAGCAAUUUUAGAUAAUAUGUCAAAUAGUUAUGUUAAAGUACACUCUUUAAAAAUGAAUGCUUUGCAUUUGAUCGUCUUAAGUCACAAAAUACUUAGACCAUACAUAAAGAAUAUUUAAAGCGAUAAAAGAGCUACAGGAAUAGCGAAUUACUUAGGAAAUAAAGGGGGACUAGGAAUAAGUUUUGAUAUUGGAAAAAGAAGUUAUUUAUUUGUUAAUUUGCAUCUUUCUUCUGGAAAAGAAAAUAAAGAACGAAGAAACAAAGAUUUCUUAUCUGUAGAAAAUUAUUUAAAUUUAGGCAAGCAAAUUUCGAAUAUGGAAAGAAGUAGCCAAGAUCGAGUGUCAAAUAGAUUUGAUUAUGUUUUUUUUAUUGGAGAUAUGAAUUAUAGAAUUAAUAUAGAUAUUGGAAAUAAAGAUAUUCAUGAACAUAAUUAUAUAUAACUGCUUUUACACGAUUAGCUCAUUCAAGAAAUCGAACUAAUAGCUUCUGAUUUCAAAGAAGGGAUGAUCACCUUCCCUCCUACUUACAAAUUGGAUCUCACUUAUAACAGAUUUUACACAGGCAAAAAAAAAAGAUAACCAGCCUGGACUGACAGAAUUCUUUACAAAUCGUAUAAAUAAAAUACUAUGUUUUAAAUAAGCUACGACAGUAAUACUAACAUCAUGGGGUCUGAUCAUAGACCUGUUUAUGCAUAAUUUUUAGUACAGCAUAUCUUUUAAAGUAAGGACGAUUAAACCAUAAAAUACUUUUGA